AUGGCGUUUCAUUUGACUCAGUCUCAGCGUUUGCAGCUCGUCAUCUCUAUCUCUUUCUGCUUCUUUGUUGCAGAAAUCUCUGUUGGAUUCUACACACGUUCUCUAGCUCUUGUGGCAGAUGCGUUCCACUAUCUAAAUGAUCUCAUCGGGUUCAUCGUUGCAUUUGCUGCUUUGAAGACUCCCCCCCAUGACCUAUCUUUUGGCUGGCAACGAUCCAGACUUCUGGGUGCAUUUUUCAACGGCGUUUUCCUUCUAGCACUGGGUGUCAGCAUAUUUCUACAAUCUAUUGAGCGAUUCAUAUCAAUUGAGGUUGUGGAACAACCGAAGCUUGUCCUUAUCAUCGGAUGCGUCGGCCUUGCACUCAAUAUCAUAAGCGCCUGUUUCCUUCACGAACAUGGCCAUGACCACGGCCAUUCACAUGGGCAUUCGCAAGGCGAGGAAUCAAGAGCCACAGAGAAUGGUAGUGGGACUGUCGAAAACACGGAAGAUGGAACCCAGCAGGUGUUCACCGUGCACGAGAGCCAUCGCCACAACAACCUACAGCCAUCCAAGACGGGGUACGAUCUUGGAAUGCUAGGUGUCUUGAUCCAUGUCCUGGGCGAUGCGGCCAACAACGUCGGCGUCAUUAUCUCGGCUCUGGUGAUCUGGCUCACUUCCUAUCCGGCUCGCUACUACGCGGAUCCUGCUGUCAGCAUGGCAAUUGCCAUUAUUAUCCUUACAACUUCACUUCCGUUGGUAAGAAACUCGGGAAAAAUUCUACUGGAUAGCGUCCCGACCGGCAUCAAUCUUGAAGACAUCAAACAUGAUCUCGAAAUGAUUCCCGGAGUUCUAUCCAUCCACGAACUGCAUGUCUGGCGUCUGAACCAAGAAAAAGCAAUAGCCUCCGUCCACGUCACCAUAUCGAACGAUACCAUUACCGAAUUUGUGCAGAUAGCAAAGACAAUGGGCGAUUGCUUCCAUAGCUACGGUGUUCAUUCAGCUACAGUUCAACCGGAACUUCCAUCGCCCUCUGCCUUGAUAUCGUCGGGGACUGAAAAUCAGGAGGAGUGGUCGAAGCUGUGCCAGGUCAAGUGUGGUGCUUCUUGCGAGACCUUGACCUGCUGUGGGUAG